AGAUAUGGAGCUGCUCUGGAUGUCCCUGCUCCUAGUGGCUUCUGGUGUCUCUGCUGUGCAGGGCUCACCAGAGGUGCGCGCCAAGGAGCCCAGCAUCAAUAUGUCCCAGCCCCUGCACAUCCGGGAGGAAGGCAACCUGAUGGUGCUGACGUCUGCUGGCCUGAACCAGAUGUUGAAUCAGACCCGUUUCCUCAUGGUGCUUUUCCACAACCCAUCCUCAAAGCAAUCCAGAAAUUUGGCUGAUGAGCUGGGCAGAGCUGUGGAGAUCGUGGGCAAAGGCAAGAAUGGGCUUGGCUUUGGCAAAGUGGACAUCACCAUCGAGAAGGACCUUCGGGAGGAAUUUGAUAUCAAGAAGGCCCCAGAGGUGAAGCUGUUUUUUGAGGGCAACAGGUCUGAGCCCAUCAGCUGCAAAGAUGUGGUUGAAUCUGCUGCCUUGGUGGUGUGGUUGAGAAGACAAAUUAGCAAGAAAGCAUUUUUGUUCAACAACACCCAGCAGGUGGCAGAGUUUGUGAAAUCCAGACCUUUGGUCAUCAUUGGCUUCUUCCAGGAUUUAGAGGAAGAAGUAGCAGAAUUGUUCUAUGAAGUGAUCAAAGAUUUUCCAGAGCUAACUUUUGGAGUGAUAACUAUUUCCAAUGCCAUUGGGCGUUUCCACGUCACCCUCGACAGUGUCCUGGUGUUCAAAAAGGGAAGAGUUGUGAAUCGCCAGGAGCUUAUUAAUGACAAUACCAACGAGAAUGCCCUCAACCAAGUCAUUAAACAACACCUCACAAGUUUUGUUAUUGAAUACAACUUUGAGAAUAGAAAUCUGAUUCAUGAACUGAAUAUCCUGAAUCACAUGCUGCUCUUUGCCUCCAAAAGUUCAGAGACAUUUGGCACCAUAAUUCAGCAUUAUAAGUUGGCCUCAAAGGAAUUUGAAAACAAGAUUCUUUUCAUCCUUGUGGACACUGAUGAAUCCAGAAACGGACGUAUCUUCGAGUAUUUCCGGGUCACUGAGGUUGAUAUCCCAUCCGUCCAAAUCCUAAAUUUAACCUCUGACGAGAGGUAUAAAAUGCCUUCGGAAGAGAUAACCUAUGAAAACCUCAAGAAAUUUAGCACCAGUUUCUUGAAUAGAAGUGCCAAGAAACAUCAAUCCAGUGAAGAGAUUCCAAUACAUUGGGACCAGGGACCGGUUAAGCAGCUUGUGGGAAAGAACUUCAACGUAGUUGUCUUUGACAAGGAAAGGGAUGUGUUUGUGAUGUUCUAUGCACCCUGGUCUGAAAAGUGCAAGGCACUGUUCCCACUGUUGGAAGAGUUGGGCAGAAAGUAUCAAAAUCAUUCUACAGUCACCAUCGCCAAGAUUGACAUCACAGCAAAUGACAUUCAGCUGCUGUAUCUGGACCGGUAUCCAUUCUUCAGGCUCUUCCCCAUCGGCUCUGAGCAAGCUGUAGUAUAUAAGGGAGAACAUACUGUGAAGGGCUUUUCUGAUUUCCUGGAAAGCCAAAUCAAGACCAGAGUUGAUGAAGAAGACGAGAUAUUGUCUGUUGAGCAAAGUGAGCUGUUAGAAGAGAACAUAUUGCCUGAGGAAGAGGCAGAAUCUUUUGAGGAGAAAGAAUUACCUGAGCAGAAGUCACCUGAGCUGGAGAACAUGACCAGGCUGGAAGGGCCAGCUGGGCAGAAGGAACCAGUGGAGGAGCUGGAACCUCGUAAGCCAAUGGGACCUCCAACACAAGAGAAGAAACCAAGAGUCAAAGAAGAACUUUAG